CGCAAGUUUGAGAAUGGCGAAAGUGCUGCUCUAAAUCGUUGGCCUGAAUGAGCAGCGGAAGUGUGGAAGCAGAUGUGACAGUUGAGUGUAUCAACAACGGAGCUGCAAGGAAACAAUGUUGCAGUUGCAUUUCACGAAUGAUACAUUACCCGACAAUGUCAGCACUGACUUUCAGAAUCUGAAUAAAUUCAGUGAACAGCAAUUUGUGAGUCUGACAGAGAUCUUAUACCAGUUCCUUCUAGAACCCAAAGAGUCCGAGCGGUUCUUGCAACAGCUGACGGAGUUUGCUGGAGAGAAUGGGAUGAGUGCAGGACCACUGAGGGCUCUGAUGAAGAGUAUCCUCCUCCUACCUCAUGGUGCUUUAAAAAGAAACCUAACAGCUGAACAGGUGAAGGUUGACUUACUUUCAUUAGGACUAAAUGAAGACAAGGCCAGUCAUUUCACUGACCAGUGGAGAGUUCACUACCCUGUUUUGUCCAGGCUGGCUGUGGGACAGACACUAAUGGUCAACCAGCUUGUUGACAUGGAGUGGAAAUUUGGUGUUACUGUUGGUACAAGUGAGCUGCAAAAGACUGGAAACAUUUUUCUACAGCUGAAACUGGUGAUCAGAAAAGGAAACACGACAGAAAACGUGUACAUGGAGCUGACUUUACCACAGUUUUAUAACUUCCUUCAUGAGAUGGAGCGUGCCAAAGCUAGUAUGGAUUGUUUCAGUUAACCGAAUCAGAGUUUGCCUGUUGACCAGUAAAGAGUUGUAAUGAUGCUUCCAUACUCUCAAAAUGUUUCAAGAAGAAACUUAAAUAAUAAUUCACUGAUCUUAUUCAGUUGUGUGAUUGUUAGUGUCUUUGUUUGUUUUUGAUCACAUUCCACAUCAAUGCUCUUUAUUGAUGAUCUUCUGUUUAUUAAACCUUUGAUAAAUAUCUUCUGCAAUGGUGUUUAUUAGUACCAACAUAUGUGCUUUUUGUUCUUUAUUAAAGGAAUAUAUUCUCAAAAAUAAGCUUUUUUUAGUGCUGGAUUUCAUAUUUUGUUUCCUAAAAUUGAACCUUCUGCUUACUGUAUAAGUAAAAUAAUUAAUACAGCAAACUGCAAACACUAAAAUUCGUUUAUUUUGGGAUGAAUACAGAACAUAAUUUUCAGUCAAAUGUAUGUUUUUGUUUUGUCCUUAAUAAAAUAUUUUAGUAAAACUGAAAUGUUUUUACUUCUACUACUACUAUAGGUGCUGCAGAAAUGUAUUCAUUUUGCUGUCAGCAGACAUGCCCUGUUUGAAAAGUGUUUGCUUAUAUCAAAGAAUGUCAUGUCGAGUCAGAUUUAUGUAAUAAAUUAAUUCUGUGUUAAAUAUGA